UGGAAGCCACAGUUGAGCGCUGACGGUUAGUAGCGACAGUGCCAUCUAAAGCCGAGGAUUAUAGCUGGUAGCUGGACAGGAUUAGCUGGAAACGAAGGAGGUUGAACCGAGAGAAUUAUCAAGAUGACUGUGGAGGCUGCGGCGACAUCAACAUCCCUGUUGGGAUACAGUCCCACGUUGACCACUCUGGUGGCCACAUUGGUGGCUUUGGGAUUGUACGAGUACUAUCGCCGGAAUACGCGGGAAUACCGGAUGGUGGCCAACAUCCCAUCCCCGCCAGAACUACCGCUUCUCGGACAGGCCCAUUUGGCCGCCGGACUGAGCAAUGCGGAGAUCAUGAACGUCGGAUUGGGCUACCUGAGCAAGUACGGAGAGACUCUGAAGGCUUGGCUGGGCAGCGUACUGCUGGUCUUCAUCACGAAUCCCAACGACAUCGAACUGAUCCUCAGCGGACACCAGCACCUGACCAAGGCCGAGGAGUACCGGUACUUCAAGCCCUGGUUCGGCGAUGGGCUCCUGAUCAGUAAUGGCCACCACUGGCGUCAUCAUCGCAAGAUGAUCGCCCCGACCUUCCAUCAGAGCAUCCUCAAGAGCUUCGUGCCCACGUUCGUUAACCAUUCCAAGGCUGUGGUGGAUCGCAUGGGUCUGGAGGCCGGCAAGUCCUUUGACGUCCACGACUACAUGUCCCAGACCACCGUCGACAUCCUACUGUCUACCGCGAUGGGUGUGAAGAAGCUGCCGGAAGGCAACAAGAGCUUCGAGUACGCCCAGGCUGUGGUCGACAUGUGCGACAUCAUCCACAAGCGCCAGAUCAAGCUCCUGUACCGUCUGGACUCCAUCUACAAGUUCACCAAGCUGCGCGAGAAGGGCGACCGCAUGAUGAACAUCAUCCUGGGCAUGACCAGCAAGGUGGUGAAGGAUCGCAAGGAGAACUACCAGGAGGAGAACCGGGCCAUCGUUGAGGAGAUCACCACCCCCACCCCGGCCACUCCGGCAACCAAGAAGGAGGGCCUGCGCGACGAUCUGGACGACAUCGAUGAGAACGAUGUGGGUGCCAAGAGACGUCUGGCGCUCCUCGACGCCAUGGUGGAAAUGGCCAAGAACCCGGACAUCGAGUGGAACGAGAAGGACAUCAUCGACGAAGUCAACACCAUUAUGUUUGAGGGUCACGACACCACCUCCGCCGGCUCCAGCUUCGCCCUCUGCAUGAUGGGCAUCCACAAGGACAUCCAAGAGAAGGUAUUCGCCGAGCAGAAGGCCAUCUUCGGUGACAACAUGCUGCGGGACUGCACCUUCGCCGACACCAUGGAAAUGAAGUACCUAGAGCGCGUCAUCCUCGAGACUCUCCGUUUGUAUCCUCCAGUACCCUUGAUUGCCCGCCGCGUGGACUACGAUCUGAAGCUGGCCAGUGGUCCGUAUACCGUACCCAAAGGCACCACUGUCAUCGUUCUGCAGUACUGCGUUCAUCGUCGUCCCGACAUCUAUCCCAAUCCCACCAAGUUCGAUCCGGACAACUUCCUGCCCGAGAGGAUGGCCAACAGGCACUACUACGCCUUCAUUCCGUUCAGUGCCGGUCCCAGGAGCUGUGUCGGACGCAAGUACGCCAUGCUGAAGCUCAAGGUCCUGCUGUCCACCAUUGUCAGGAACUAUAUUGUCCAUUCCACCGACACCGAGGCGGACUUCAAGCUCCAGGCUGACAUCAUCCUGAAGCUGGAGAACGGUUUCAAUAUCUCGCUGGAGAAGCGUCAGUAUCCUGCCACUGCUACUGCUUAAACGAAGAAAAGAAAAGGAUAUAUAUGCCCAAGGAUGCCCAACGGAUGCCCAAAGGAUGCCCAUGGAUGCCCUGUAUAUAGAUGAUCCCCCUCGACACUGAUCCGAUGACGACCCCCUCCACAAAAAAAAAAAAUACAAAGAAUCAAUCAAUUAGUGAAAAAUCCUUCAAAAACCCAGCCACAGAGAGUCAACUGAAUGUCAUUUUAUUAUUUUCUUCUAACCAUCUAUGCUAACCUCUAUUACUUUUUUCCUUUUUCCACUUUAUUGUUGGUCUUUAGCGGGUGGUGACCCCUAUUAUAUCCCUAAUCUAUGCAACUGUUUGUGCUCUAUACUAUCUUCUUAUUUUUUUUUUUUUGCCUAGACAUGUAGUGUGAUUUUUUUUCUAGUAUUUAUUAAGUCUCAUGGUUUGAAUGAAACCCAAAAAAUAUGAAAAAUAUAUGCGUACGAUCGAGCAAGCAGACAAUUGAGCUGCAAAAAUUAUA